AUGGCUGGCUUAGACUUGGGCUCAGCAUCUCGCUUUGUUCAUCAGCAGCUCCAAAUCCCCGACCUCCACCUCCAAAGACCACCGGAUUCUGAUGAUGAUCACAACACCCCCAACCGCAACAACCUUUUCUCCUCCGACCACCACCAAAACGACGUCGAUGAUGACAACCCUCAUCAUCAAGGGCUUGAUCUUGUGACCCCGAACCCUGGUUCUGGUUCGGGGGAUUCUGGAGGUCGACGCUCCAGAGGUCGACCUCCAGGGUCAAGGAAUAAGCCCAAACCACCCGUGAUCAUAACUCGGGAGAGCGCAAACACUUUGCGAGCUCAUAUUUUGGAGGUCAGCAGUGGCUGUGAUGUGUUUGAUUCCGUUGGAACAUAUGCCAGAAAAAGGCAGAGAGGGAUUUGUGUGCUGAGUGGGAGUGGUAUGGUAACCAACGUGAGCCUGCGUCAACCAGCUGCGGCUGGCGCAGUUGUCACGCUGCACGGCAGAUUUGAGAUUCUGUCGUUGACGGGCUCCUUUCUACCUCCCCCUGCGCCACCCGGGGCCACUAGCCUGACCAUAUUUUUGGCUGGUGGUUCGGGCCAGGUUAUGGGUGGAAAUGUUGUAGGAGCACUCAUAGCAUCUGGGCCUGUUAUUGUCAUAGCCUCAUCGUUUACCAACGUAGCCUAUGAGAGGUUGCCCCUGGAGGAAGAGGAGCAGCUGCAGAUGCAGCAGCCUGUGCCGCAGUCUUCGGGCGGCGGAGGCAGUGGUGGCGGCGGCGGCGGUGGAGGAGUAACCAACCCCUUUCCAGAUCCGUCUUCGGGGCUUCCCUUCUUCAAUCUUCCGCUCAAUAACAUGCCUCAUCAGCUGCAGGUUGAUAGUUGGGGAGGAAACUCGGCCGGGCGGCCGCCUUAUUGAUAGUUUUGCUAGCUAUAGGUCAGGUCAUGACCAAGGUCAGAGAAUCGAUCCUUAAAUCAAUAUCAAUCAUCCCCCAUCUUGUACAAUUAUUUUUCUUGCUUAAUUUCUUUUUUAUUUUUCUCUUGUCCUAACUUCAAUUUGGUUCCUAAU